AAAAAAGAAUUUUCCCGUUAGUAAUAAUGAUUUUGAAUUUUUAAAUAAAUACCCUCAAGAUUCUCAAACCCAAAUUUUUUCAAAAAUUGCUCAUAAAAUAACGAAAAAAAUUUCAUUUGGAAAAUCCGCAGUCGUUAACCAAAAUAAGAAAAUGAGUAUUCAGAAAAGGAAAAUAGAUAACUUAGAACUACCUGAUUCUGGAUUUGUGCGGUCAAAUUCGCCAAUGUCUGGAUAUUCGUCUUCUGAAGAUGAAUACGGACCUUCCGCUAACCAACCUCUUAUAUACAAUGAUGCCGUUUCGAUACAACUUCAUCAGCCAAGAGGUGAUAUGGCAACAGGAGACGUAUCACAAGUUUUGAUUAUUUACACGGGUGGUACUAUCGGUAUGAAAAAUACAAGGAAACAUGGAUAUGUCCCGGUGCCAGAUUAUCUUACAGAAACUCUCGCGGGAAUGUCUCGAUUUCAUGAUCGUACAUAUGAUCUGAAUUUUCGUCGUUUUUCAUCAUCGAACUCGGAAGAUCAAACUGAAGAGGAGGCUUAUCCCACAGUCAAAAUUACUGUCAAAGAUCCAAACAAAGAAGAUUAUAUUGAAAUUUCUCAACGUUGUUUAAUAUCACCCCCUUCUUUGGUAGGAAAGAGAAUAAGGUAUUCCAUAAUCGAAUAUGUACCUCUACUGGAUUCUUGUAAUAUUUCUAGUGAUGAUUGGAUACGCAUAGCAACUGAUAUUGAAUCGAAUUAUGAGUCAUUCGAUGCCUUUAUAAUUUUGCACGGCACGGAUACAAUGGCGUAUACUGCUAGUGCACUCAGUUUUCUUUUGGAGGAUUUAGGUAAAACCGUUAUAUUAACAGGUUCACAGGUUCCUAUAUCCGAAGUUCGUAAUGAUGGCAUUGAAAAUCUUUUGGGUGCACUUACAAUUGCUGGUCAUUAUGUCAUACCAGAAGUAUGUUUAUUUUUCAACAACAAACUUUUCCGUGGAAAUAGGUGUUUGAAAAUGAAUACAGUCGACUUCGAUGCAUUCGAUUCACCAAAUCUAGCUCCAUUAGCUACAGUUGGGAUAAAUAUAAAUGUUAAUUGGGCAGAGGUUGUAAGGACGUCUUCGAUUGCUAAAUUUAAGGUGCAUAAAAAACUUAAUCGAAAUGUGGGCACUUUGCGAUUGUUUCCCGGUAUAACAGAAACAACUGUGAAAGCAUUAUUAGCAGAACCGAUAGAAGGUUUAAUUUUAGAGACUUACGGAGCUGGAAACGCGCCUAAUACUCGAGAUGAUAUAAUGAGGGCUUUAGCAUCUGCUAGUGAUAGAGGUGUUGUUAUUGUAAAUUGCACGCAAUGCAAAAAAGGAAUCGUAACCGACAUGUAUGCGACUGGGAAAGCCCUUCGUAAAGUUGGUGUUGUAUCUGGAAAUGAUAUGACUCCAGAGUGUGCGCUGGUUAAACUUGCAUAUUUACUUAGUGAAAAUCGGUUUUCGCCUACAGUAGUACGCGAGUUAAUGACAAGGAACCUUCGUGGGGAGCUGACAGUUGUAGCUCCAAAACCUAGAUUCACAUUUCAUAAUCGCACUCAUAAAAUAAUACAAAAUAUGAUAAAUGCUGCUGCGGAUGCAAACAAAGCGGCUGUGAAAGAUACAUCAUUAAUGAUGGAUGUGCAAGAGAAGGUUUUAAUGGAAAAAUCUUUAUAUCCAAUUUUGCUAUGUUCCGCGGCCGGAACAGAUGAUCUUGACGGGAUGCUGCUAUUAUCAGAGAAUUAUGAAGGGAUGAUGUUAAUGUUGAAUUGUAUGGAUUAUGAUGGAAGAACUCCUCUACACAUUGCAUGUACAGGAGGACAUCAUCGAAUAGUAAAAUUUUUGUUGCAAAACGGAGCGUCUGUUCAUAUGAGAGAUAGAUUUGGUCAUACACCUUUGUAUGAAGCAGCACGAAACAAACACAAACAUGUGGUUCAUACAUUGCGCGAAACAGGAGCUCAUUUUAAUGAUGCAGAAAUUAAUGAUGUAAUGUUUCAGGCAAUAUCUGCCUCUGCGAAUGGCGAUGUAGAAUUACUUAAACAUUUUGUUGAUGCUGGAAUAGAUAUAAACCGUACUGGAUUUGAUCAUCGUACAGCAUUACAUCAUGCAGUAGCUGAAGGUUGUCUUGAGACUGUUCAGUAUCUUUUGUCAUUACCUGAAAUAAAUACAGAGACUAAGGAUAGAUGGGGAAGGAGACCUAUUGAUGAUGCCGAAAUGAAUCUUGGCAGAAUGUGGGGAAGGGAUAAUGAAACAGAAAAACAGUUGAGAGAAAUUGUUAGAUUGCUGAGAGAUAAAGCUGAUUAUGAAGAAUACGAAACAAUUAAGAUUAAACAUCCAAGUACAUCGAACGAAAAUAGUCGAUCAAACGAUCAUUUAAAUGGUGUAAAUGGAGUUGUAUUUGUAGUAAAUAAUGGUGAUUCAAAAAUGAUGCGAAAAGUAGAAAAGUAACCAUAAUUCGUCUGGAAAAAUUGAGAUUAGAUUUUUUUUUUUAAUGUUAUCAUUUUAUAAUAAUAGAUAAUUUACAAUCCUUUAUAUUUCUUUUGUAUUAACUGGUAAUUUUUUAUAAUAAUAAUACAUAAAGUAAUUCGAGAGUUAUUUACAGGAAUAAAUUGAGACGAUAAAUCUAUUUAAUAUAUAUUGUUUCCCCACUAUCCCUAUGAAUGUUUUGCAGGUAAAUUUGCAUGUAAUUUUACUUAAAAUUAAAGUUAAUUUUAAUAUAUCCUUG